AUGAAUUUCCUCCUGGAUGGUUCAUGUGGCUUGAGGAACUGCAGCGUUACAGAUAAAAGUUGUACUGAUCUGAAAUCAGCUCUUGAUGUAAAUCCAUCACACCUGAAAGAUCUGGAUCUGAGUUACAAUCAACUAGGAGAUUCAGGAGUGAUUCAGAUCUCUCAUCUACUGAAGAAUCCACAGUUCAAACUCCACAACUUCACAUUAUCAGAUUGUGGUGUAGGAGAGGAAGGUUAUGCUGCUCUGGCUGAAGCUCUGAGAUCAAACCCAUCAUCAGAGCUGAUGGAGCUGGAUCUCAGAGGGAACCAUCCUGGAGAUUCAGGAGUAAAACUGCUCGAUGAUUUACUACAGGAUCCAAACUGUAAACUGAAGACACUGAGGUUAUUAAAGUCUUCUAGAGCAGAAGAAGUCUACACCUCUCUUUGUUCCACUCUGGGUCAGAACCUCUUAAUACUGACCCAGAUGAAGCUGGAGAGGAACCCAGGGGGGGUAUCAGGAGAUUCCAGAGUGAAGCUUCUCUCAGCGUUUCUGCAGGACUCUCACUGCAAACUGCAGAAACUCCAGAUUAAUGAUGAUGAUCUAACGAUGAAGAGCUGUUCAGCUUUAUCUGAAGUUCUGAGAUCAGGAUCCUCCAGUCUGAGAGAGCUGGACCUGAGCAACAACAACCUACAGAACUCUGGAGUACAGAAGCUCUGUGAAGGACUGGAGAAGAAAGAGUGUAAACUGGAGGUUCUGAGAUUAUCAGAUUGUGGUGUAGGAGAUGAAGGUUUUGCUGCUCUGGCUGAAGCUCUGAAAUCAAACCGUUCAUACAUGAAGGAGCUGGAUCUCAGAGGGAACCAUCCUGGAGAAUCAGGAGUGCAGAUGAUCUGUAGCGUAUGUGAGGGUGGAUGGUUAAACAGGAAUAAAAUUAAACUGAGGCUGUUUAAAAGUCCUGAUGCAGAGGAAGCCUACACCACUCUCAAUCAGAUUCUAGGUAAAAACAUCUUACAGCAGAAGAAACUCCAUCUGAACUCCAAAACACUGAAAGAGAUCAAAGUGAAUCAACUAUCAGCUCUGCUGGAGGAUCCACACUGUACAAUCCAAAACCUCACGUUGUAUAAAAAAGGCAGCAUUACAGAAGAAGACUCUGCUGGUUUACUUUUAGCUCUGGUUUUAAAUCCUGCUCACCUGAGAGAGCUGAAUCUGAACCAGAAUAAACCAGGAGAAUCAGGAGUGAGAAACCUGUGUGAACUGGUGAAGAAUCCUCGGUGUAAACUGGAGAAACUAAAGCUGAAUAACUGUAGUAUAACAGAGAAGGACUGUAGAGAUCUGGCUUCAGCUCUGCACUAUAACCCCUCAUACCUGAAGGAACUGGAUCUGAGUCAGAAUGGAUUAAAAGAAUCAGUGAAGGAACUGUUCAGUCUACUGAAACACUGCAAAAUAAAAUUUGAUAAAUCAGAAAUGUUUGGAUUUUAAGGCGAGGCCAAAAAAUGACCAGCAGAUUUCUGAACCCUGCAGCUCCUCUAUAUCACAAAAACCAGCAAAAGAUAAAGAAACUCAAAACACAGAUGAGGAGGAAGGUUCCUCACCCACUUCAGACAGUAAAGACAAAACAUUUUGGUAUAACUUGUAACCCACACAGUGUAAUCAUUAAUUCAGGAAUGGUGGAGACCCCCAGGACAGCAGUGUGACAGUAACUCAAAAACACUGGAGGCAGCUGGAGGCUAGAUUUUUCUCCCCAAUCUAGUCUUGUCCAAUUACCCUGAUUGCGUCCUCUAAACUAAUUCGACCCUUCACCGCUGACUGAAGACACCUCUCAACUGACAUACACCCCCUCCGGCACGUACAGUCAGUACACACUGCAUUUUUCACAUGCACGAGUCGAGUUCAUACACCAAUCGGCACUGUGUAUGGAGGGCCACACCCCCAUCAGCAUUAUUCCUCAGCCCUGUGCAGGGGCCAUCAGUCAGCCAGCAGGGGCCGCAGUUGAACCAGUUAUGAGGACCUAUGAUCCAACUUAACCCUUAACCCUAUGAACAACAGCCAAUCGUUGUUAAUGCAGCCGCCCAGCCCAGUCGGAAGGUAGAGCUGAGAUGUAUUCGAAACCCCAACUCCAGUGUGCUAGCGUACUUUACCGCUGUGCCACCUGAGCGGCACGAGGGAUUUUAUGUUUUAUUAAUUUUUGCUGUUCCUUAUUGUCUGAUCUUUUGUCCUCGCUAUGAGCUGUGCUAUUAACAAAUGUCUCAACGCACACACACACACACACACACGCACACACACUACUAUAGCUGUAAAGCUGAUUAUCCAUCCAACAGGCGCUCUCAUCUCUUUUGUUUGACUUUUGUUUUUUUAUUCUCUGACCAAAUUCCCUUUUGUGCCCAGCUUCUUUCAUUUCAUAAUGAUCACUGUAGACGUCCUUGUAACACUUAAAGUUUAAGAUUUUGUUUUUUUUUAAUUGCCCUGUCAUGCCCUGAUCUGUGCAUGACUAUAAUGCGACGGUGAAGAUCUACAAACGAUACCUUGGACUUGGUUCUGUUUUUGUCCUGACGAUGCAGUGUUUAUAGACUCAGGUGUUCCUUUCUGUUAGAUCCUAGUUACACUUAUGUCCAUAUACUUAUGGUAUUAGGCCUAGUAUGUCUACACUUUGCACAGCUUAAGAGCUGAGCAUGCAGUUCUAAAUGGUGUUUAGGCUGGUUUUGUUGUUGUUGUUGAGAAACAACCUAACAAAUGUUAAUACCUAACAAAUGGUGGAGAAUGUGGGCAAUCUAGUCCAGGUCAGUGAUCUUCUCUAAGAUUAUUUAUCUGUUAAAUUAUGAAUCUGUUUCUCUGUUUUGAGGAAAUAUUGUGUUGAAAUUGUUUAACAUUGAGAGUACUGUUAAGAAUACGUAGAGAUUGGAAGUUCCAAAGCUACUUAUCUGGUUACUCUGUUUCGUUUUAGGGAUCCUUGUUUAUUUUGUUUAUUUCCUCUGACACUCCUCCUGUCCUUUUUACUUUAUUUUAUAGAUUUUAUCAUUCUGUAAUUUUAUCAUUAUUGGGAGAGGAGUAAUUCCUUGAAUUGUAUAUUUUGGUUACU